UUUUCUAGCUAAACAUCACCGAGGAGUUCGCCUGCACCGCUUCCUCCUGACUCUGCUGCUUUUCGCUGAGCAACAUCGGCCGAGCUAAAAGCGUAUACCGUAUAUCUACAUGUCAGGUGAUGCACUGAGGGUGGUUUGCGAUAAAGACCACCCGCUAUGCAGUGCUGGUGCACAGCUUGUAGGUAUCUGUUUGGUAGGAUAGAUUGAGCCCAGAUAUAUCAGGAAGCUGAAGAAAAAGAGAACUGAGAGAGCAGAUAGACAGGAGGCCACGGUUCCCCCUCACACAUACACACACACACAUCACCACGGCCUUGAUGGUGAUGUAUGCAAGGAAACCAACAAGAGUCAGCGAUGGGUAAAUCAAGCACAAACCAUAACGUUGUCAAAGUUAUUCGUGUGGUUUACCUUUUUUGUGUGUGGAUUAGUGACUCAUGUUUUCCUGUAACGUUAACCGUUAACAUUAGCUGUCAGUGCUACGAGCUAACAGCUUUUCCUGUAAUUAGCUCUGGGUUCCGGAUAUUUAGCUUAUCGACUAACUAAAUGUGAACGUAACCUUAGCUAACUAACGUGGUAAUGGUUACCGUCAGUGUAUAGGCCACAGUAUGUACGAUGUGAUUUAAACACGAUUUAUUAUUUUCUACUAGUGACAUAAUGAGCAAACAGCUGUUGCUAAGGUGGCAAAUCAAGCUAACCUAGCUAACGGCAGCUAUUUAUCAGUAGCUAAAUGACGUUAUGCUCCAUACAGUGUGUCGCCGUUAAAUUGCCGUUUGUUCUAUGUGUUUACAGGUGCAACGACAGAAGGGAUUCACAAUCCUAUCAGACCCAUAAAUCUCAGCCAAAGAGCCAGUCCAGCAGCCUUCACCGCUAUGACAAGGUGCGCGAUGGCUCAUCGGACCCCACACCCCCUUUCAAGAUGCUGCGACGCUCAGACGAAAGUCCUGUCAGCAGACAUGGAGACGGCGCGGGGCAUGGAAAGGCCAAAACCUCUCACGCAGUUAGAGGGAAAAAUGGGACCAGCAGCUCUCCUCAGGAGAACUCUCACAACAACAGCUCCCACCAUGGCUCCGACUCGCAUGCGACUCAGAGCAAGCCUGCAGACAGGCACCAGGACCCAGCAGAUGACUGGACAGAACACAUCAGCUCCUCUGGGAAGAAGUACUACUACAACUGUAGAACUGAGGUGUCCCAGUGGGAGAAGCCCAAGGACCUGUUGGAGAGGGAACAACGACAGAAAGACCCAGUCAAGAUGGCGGCAAAUAGUUUCCCCAGGGACAUGGACUACAGACAAGAGGCCUUGCAGGACAAAGCCUCAACAAAGACCACAUCAGGGGACCAGUCCACAGCAUCCAACUCCGGCCAUUCCUCCUCUUCCUCUUCUUCUCAGAGCCUGAACUCUGCUCCCGGUGCUUUAGGCUCCACCCCCUCCGCCAUGUCCUCCUCCUCUUCCUCCUCUUCGGGGCAGGUGCCUCAGUCUGUCCAGUCCCCGUCACCAGCGCUGCUGCAGGACCCGGCCCUCCUGCAUCAGCUCCUCCCGGCGCUGCAGGCCGCUCUGCAGAUGAACAACGGCAGCAUGGACAUGGCUAAACUCAACGAGGUCUUGGCAGCUGCUGUCACCCAAGCAUCCUUGCGGUCUGUGCUUCAUAAGCUCCUCACUGCUGGACCUGCUUUCAACAUCACCGCUCUGCUCUCAGCUGCUCAGCACUCCAAUCAAGCCCAGCACUCCAGUCAGUCCCCCGUCUCCCUGACGUCUGAUGCGUCAUCACCGCGGCCGUAUGUCUCACCGCGGAACGGCACGCCACAGAGCAGCCAGAAGUCUCUUCUGGGCGUGCACCCCGGCAGCAUCACAUCUUCACAAACGAGGGGCAGCAUGUCUUCAGGUAAACAAGGAUCAGUGCCCCUCUCUCAGACCGCAGAGAAGCGCCCAGAGGACCCCAGAACUCUCCAGCAGAGAAGCCAGGAGAUUCUGUGCACGGGAUCAAACGCAUCUGGUGCCGCGUUGGCUCAUGUCCCCUCCGGCAGCAGCCAAACCCAGGCCGACAACCCCUGCACCUUCACCCCCUCCCUGGCGUCUCAUUUCGAUGAGAGCCUCAUCAAACAUAUCCAAGGAUGGCCUUCAGAGAACACUGAGAAACAGGCGGCUCGGUUGCGGGAGGACAUCCACAACAUGGGCAGCUUGUACAUGUCUGAGAUCUGCACAGAGAUGAAAAACCUCCGCUCCCUGGUCAGAGUGUGUGAAAUCCAAGCCACACUGAGGGAACAGAGAAUCCUGUUUCUGAGGCAGCAGAGCAAAGAGCUGGACAAGCUGAAGAACCAGAACUCCUACAUGGUGUGAGGACCUGGGACGGACGGAUUGAAAUACA